AUGGCGACAAUUCGGCCGCAGUUGUCUCGAUGCGUGAGGCAGGCUGUUUGCCGGGCCAGCAACCGCCCCUUCUCCUCGUCCCGGCAACAGCUUCAGUUGCCGGUACCAAUUGCACAUAUACUUGAUAAGGGACCGGCAGAUGCCGAGGACGUUGUCAUCAAUGGAUUUGUUAGGUCGAUUAGGAACCAGAAGCAGCGGUCUUUUGCUUCAAUUGGAGAUGGAUCCAGCCUCGAGCCCUUGCAGGCUCUCCUAACACCAGAGCAAGCUCAGAGCCUGACAGCUGGAACGGCCGUUCGCCUCUCCGGUGCGUGGAAGCCAUCGCCCAACCCCAAGGCACAAAGCCAUGAACUUCAUGUAACGGGAGUCGAUGUUAUUGGAGCGGCCGAUCCCACUACAUUUCCACUGCAAAAGAAAUACCAGACCCCCGAGUACCUGCGAACCAUUCCGCACCUGCGAACACGGCUUCCGUUCAACUCCACGCUGCUUCGAUUUCGGUCAGCCUGCAUAGCAGAGAUUACACUUGCGCUUAGCAGAGAUGGAUAUACGCAGACGCACACCCCAAUUAUUACAUCCUCAGACUGCGAAGGGGCAGGCGAAGUCUUCAAUGUUGGGAGUACGCAUAAGGCGCCAGUGGGUGAAAAUGACGAUGGGUCAUUUUUCAGAUCUCCGAAAUAUUUGACAGUCUCUAGUCAGCUGCAUCUUGAGGCUCUGGCACAAUCGGUUGGUAAUGUAUGGACACUUUCCCCAACGUUUAGAGCCGAAAAGAGUGACACGGCACGUCAUCUAAGUGAGUUCUAUAUGCUAGAAAUCGAGAUGAGUUUCGUUGAGGAUAUGAACGUCGUCAUGGAUGCUGCUGAAAAGCUGAUCCAAUGCAUGACCAGGCCACUUCUUUCUUCCCGAGUUGGGCGAGAAAUACUGGCCAGCAAAGACCCCAAUAACCCUCACCCGGACGAAAAGCGGCCUGAAAAUUUACGAAGACGGUGGGAGGGUAUACUGAGUGGUCCAUGGCCUCGUAUUACCUAUACGGAAGCAAUACGCCUUCUGCAAUCGAGCAAACGGAAAUUCGACCAUAAGCCGGAAUGGGGCUCGGGGUUGCAGGCCGAGCAUGAACGGUAUAUCGCCGACAAAGUUGGUGUAGAGGGUUCACCUGUUUUCGUCACUCACUAUCCGAGAUCCAUCAAGCCGUUCUACAUGCUACCAGCAGCGAACAACAACGAUACCGCUGAAACUGUCGAAUGCUUUGAUCUGCUGCUACCUGAGGUAUGUGAGGUUGUCGGGGGUUCCAUGCGUGAGUACCGUGUGGAGCAGCUUCUUGUGUCGAUGCAGUCCAACGGACUGAUCCCCCCUGGCCCGCUGUCCUCGAUAUCGGAUGAGCAGCUAGGCGAACUGAAGUGGUAUGUUGACCUACGACGUUGGGGUAGUGUGCCGCAUGGGGGGUUUGGCUUGGGUUUUGAUCGCCUAUUGGGAUAUCUGGCAGGCGUCCAGAAUAUCAGGGAAAUAGUUCCAUUUCCAAGAUGGGUGGGCCGCUGCGAGUGCUAG